GGAAGUAGCUGUCGCGCUCUUUUUCCGUCCCGGAGCGCUUCGGCCGACAGCCCGCAGGACGGCUCCUAAAGGGGUCUCGGCGGACACGUGACGGCAGCGUGGGGACACUGAAAAUAAAGCAGCGGGGUCACAGAAGUGUAGCGACCCGACCCCUCUCUCCCGCCCCUUUAUGCUUGGUUGGAGGCUGCUGGCUCAGGCCGGCGCCCAGGUCCUGGGCCGCGGCGCAGGGUGUCUGGGUGCUGCUCAGAGCUCGGGGAACAGAACAGAUAUCUGGCUUUUGAUUAGAAGUCUCCAUGGCAAGAUUGGUGGUACUUGGUGGGAUGAGCAUCUUUCUGAAGAAAAUGUCACAUUUGUUAAGCAGUUGGCCUCCGAUGAAAAUAAAGCCCAGUUAGCAAGCAAACUGUGUCCUCUGAAAGAUGAACCGUGGCCUAUACAUCCUUGGGAACCAGGUUCCUCUAGAGUAGGCCUUGUCGCAGUGAAACUAGGCAUGAUGCCUUUAUGGACCAAAGAUGGUAAAAAGCACGUAGUCACAUUACUUCAGGUACAAGACUGUCAUGUUCUAAAAUAUACUCCAAAGGAAAACAAUAAUGGAAAAAUGGCAGCCCUAACUGUAGGAGGAAAAACUGUGUCCCGUUUCCAUAAAUCUGCAUCUAUAUUGGAAUUUUACCAAGAACUUGGAUUGCCACCAAAACAGAAAGUUAAAAUCUUUCACAUAACAGAUAAUGCUGUAAUUAAGCCAGGUACUCCUCUUUAUGCUGCUCACUUUCGCCCAGGACAGUAUGUGGAUGUCACAGCCAAAACUAUUGGUAAAGGUUUUCAAGGCGUCAUGAAAAGAUGGGGAUUUAAAGGCCAGCCUGCUACUCAUGGUCAAACAAAAACUCACAGGCGACCUGGAGCUAUUUCAACUGGUGAUGUUGCCAGAGUCUGGCCUGGAACUAAAAUGCCUGGAAAAAUGGGAAACGUAGAUAGGACAGCAUUUGGACUGAAAGUGUGGAGAAUAAACACAAAGCAUAAUAUAAUCUAUGUAAAUGGCUCUGUACCUGGACAUAAAAAUUGCUUAGUAAAGAUCAAAGAUUCUAAAUUACCUGCAUAUAAGGAUUUCUGUAAAAAUCUACCAUUCCCUACAUAUUUUCCUGAUGGAGAUGAAGAAGGACUACCAGAAAAUUUGUACGAUGCAAAUGUGUGUCAACCCAAUGCACCUUCUAUUACAUUUGCCUAACCUCACUGGACAUGGAAGAACUUCAUAUUUUGUGAGCUUUGAUGAGACAGAACAGUAAUAUAAUCAGGAGUUAUAUUUUGCUUUCUUAGUCACAGUAGUAUCACAUUUGUCAUGGUUGUCAAGGGCAUAAAUAUAUCAUUUAUUCCCCAACUGAAUUUUGUUUAAAAAAUUACCACAUUAAACAAAUCAGUUAAGUAGAUUGCAUAUGCCAAAUUUAAAUGGACUGAAAGUUUGCAAAUUAGCAAAAUCUUAUUAACUUAUGGGCUUCAUUCUUUCUUUACUACGUAUUUUUCAAAUUAUCUUAAGAUGUUUAUAAAUUUAACUUCUUUUAUUAAAGAUCUGUCUGUCUUUGUUGUGGAACAGUGGCAAACCAUAUAGGGACUAUGGUGUAACCUAUUUAGAUAAUAAAAACCACUUCAUAAAAUUCAUUUUUAUCAUUCUUCUAUAUUUUGCAGCCCUAAAGAGAGAGAGGAAGUGAGAUUUUUAUUAAAAUUACAGAGACAUAGAUGUCAUAGUUAAAGGCCUCGCAAAUACAAUAAAAUCAUGAAUUAUG